AGGUUGUUGGUUUUGUCGUGAUCGUGUGUAGUCGGCGUGCUCUGAUGAUACUUUGUGUUCAUUUUUCUUGUGCGUGAAUGUACGAUUGUGUACCUGAAAUUCAUCGGUUCCCAUGGAUGUUGUAUUUGAUUGCCUCAGUCGGAUUCCCGGAAGCUAUUUUGUUCUGAAAGAAUUUUUAAUCGAAUGUCAAAAAGGAUAACUAUUCUCAAGUCUGGCUGGAACUAUGGAAGAGUGGGUUGCCGGCUCCAUACUGGGCCAUCAUGUUUGCAGUGGUGGCGGUCGCACCGCUGGCAUUGCUCCGAUCAUGUCUGCUAAACGUUCCUACGGACCCAGUUCGAAUCAGUACGGAUCCCACCACGACAGUUACAGCAGAGACUGGAGUCAUCCCAUCAGCUAUCAUGACCAUCUGCAGCGCGAUCAUGGGCAUCAUCAUUCGUCGCACCAUUUGUUCGAUCAUGUGCAUUACCACGAGGCCUCUGCCAUGGAAAAGGCAUGCUUGGACUCGUUGCGUGGUCAUCACGUUUGGGAAGCCAUGUCGCAUGCGAGACCAACAUACUGCAAUCUGUGUCGUGAAGCUUUGCGAGGUGUUACCUCUCACGGCCUGAGUUGCGAAGUUUGUAAAUUGAAGGCGCACAAGUCUUGUGCUGCAAAAGCUGUGAAGAAUUGCAAGUGGACCACGUUAGCUUCUGUUGGAAGAGACAUAAUUGAAAAUGAAGAUGGGUCUCUGGGAAUGCCUCACCAGUGGAUCGAGGGCAAUCUCCCGGUCUCUGCCAAAUGCGUCGUUUGUGAAAAAGCCUGUGGAUCCGUUUUGCGCCUGCAAGACUGGAGGUGCAUGUGGUGCAAGGACUGCGUACACACUGCAUGUCGUCCUGGUGCUCCACCGGUUUGCAAUCUUGGGCCGGCCCGAGUCUCCCUCGUUCCACCGACGUCGUUGCAUUCCUUGGGUUUGACCGGAGCUGACGAACCUUACGAAGUUAUUAGGCCUGUAGGUUCAUCACCGCUGCUUGUUUUCGUUAAUUCAAAAUCGGGUGACAAUCAUGCUGGAGUCAAGUUUUUCAAAAGGUUCCGACAAUUACUCAAUCCAGCACAAGUGUUCGACUUGUCUGUAUCGGGGCCUUCUACUGGUUUGAAACUCUUCAGGGCAUUCGACCCCUUCAGAAUCUUGGUUUGUGGUGGUGAUGGUUCAGUUGCAUGGGUCCUGGCUGAAAUCGAUAAACUUGCCAUGCACAAACAAUGUCAGGUUGGAAUACUUCCCCUGGGCACUGGUAAUGAUCUUGCCCGGGUCCUGGGUUGGGGAAGUAGCUGUGACGACGACGCACAUCUUCCUACUUUGCUCGGGAGAUACGAGAAAGGAGUACCACAAAUGAUGGACAGAUGGAGCAUAAUGACGAGAGAAUCUCAUUUGGCUCAGCCGAUCAACGAAGUUUCUACUGGUAUGAAGGAAGCGGUUCCAGGAGGAAAUAACUUUUACCUGUAUCCCGGAGCUGCGCAAAAUUCGAGAACCUCCUCUCGGGCAACAUCACCUAUGCCUCAUCCACAUCAUUUGGCGAAGAGUCCGCUGAUACCUCCUGGAAAUCCUUCCUGCUUUUCUGAUAUUUCUCUUCCCUUGACGCAUCAGAUCAGUUCUCUGUCGGCGUUUUUGCCGAUUGCUGCUUACGAAGAUACAGUUUUUGCACAAAUUGCAACCCUCUUGAAAGCUCAAGAGAAACACGUCGUCGAUAAUGCCGUAAAGAUCCUGAAGGACACAAUCAAAGCCUUUGUUAUGUGUGUGACAAAUGUCCUGGAAACUCAUGUGUCACCUCCAGCAGAAGCGGAACCAACUAUAUUGGACCCACAAGCGCAACAAAUGAUCACGAAAAAAUGUGGGAUUUUGCAAGAAAGCUUAGAUUCCCUUCUGAGAGCUCUUCACACUAAACGUGCUGCGGAUACGAAAGCGACUUUGUACCAACAGCAACAUCCCGGAGUUUGUGUGAGUGGCGCGAGUCAGUUUGACAUCGACCUUGACGUGUACGGACUCGAAGAUCAGAAUGCCUGCAACAGUCUCGGAAGUAGCGAUCGCGAUCCGUUGACCUUGCUGGAGCAGGAGUCACCCAGCGAUCAGAUGAACGAUGAUUCUAGGUCACCCGAUGAACAGGCGAGCAGCAGCGAUUUUUCUUCAUCGCAUCACGCGCAAAAUCAGCAGUCUUCACUGAAGGAAGCAGAAACUAAGGUCGGUCAUUCAUCAUCUCCGAAACGGUAUCAAGCAAAUAGCGGCGUACCACGGAGUUCACCCACCAAGCCGUGUUCAGAGCGCGAACGCGAAGAAAGUCCCACGAAUAGUUUGAAUGCGGCUAAAACUGCGAAAAAAUCCGAAAGGGAUGCACCAGUAUCUACGCGCUGCACACACACUAUGGAAAUGAAGGAUAAUUUCUCCGACGACGAUCGUGCCACGGAUGACGAGUCUGACAACAGUAGUCACGCGGGAUCGGCAGAUGGCGAGAACAGCGACGAUCCUGCCGAACAACAGCACUUGGAUGACUCUGAAUCCAAUGGCUCCGACAGAGAAGACCCGCAUGUCUUGAGAAGACUGCGGUCCAAGAGACAGCAAUUCAAGCAGACUAAAACUGCCACUCACAUAGACACGUCGGAUGAGUACGAGGGCAACGUGUUGGAGAUGUUGAGCGGACGUCCGAUCGGUGACAGCAAGCCGAAACUUGAUAUUCCCUGUUGUCAAGCUAUGACAAUGUCUUGUACAUCUGCGACACCCGCGAGGAAACAUCAGAGUGCAAAUGUUGUCGCAAGUCCUGCAAAAUUGACGAAGACGAAAAUGGAAGCCGUGAACCGUCUGAAGCAGGAACAGAUGCACGUGAGAGAAGUCCUUAUUCAUCGAGCGAACACCUUGAAGAUGAUAAUGCGGGGAAUAAUUGAUAAAGUCGAUUCCCUGCUGGAGGAACAAGUUAAGCAAUCUGCGAAACUUCGUGAAGCAAAAUUGGAUAAGUCUUGCGAGCCUGUUGAGCAGGAGACGCAGAAUAAGGAGACGUCAGCACCCUUGUCGACGAACUUGCUGAUCCCAGAAGUUAAUACCCGGCCACAAUCUGCUGGUCUUCUUGAGAUGAAAUAUGCAGCUGGUGGACUUCUGAGUGCGUCUGAGGAAAUAGACUGCUACGAGGAAUCGAAAAGUCUGUUCGGUAUUCAGCAGCAACAGGAAAACACGAAGAAAUCAGCGAGGCUUUUGAACACUCCGCGAGGCUCCAUGAUGGAUUCCUUUGACUUGGACCCUAAUCCAGCUGACAUUCCUGAGUUUCCAGUCGCCGAGGAGAUAAUUUUACUAGACCAGAAACCUCAGCUUGACACACUGAAGCCACCUGACAAUUCCUCUUAUCAGAAAGACAAUCAUCUUUGUCCACCUGUGAAAACAGGAAUGGGUAGUCAGUUCGACAGUGUCGAAGAAGAAAUAAUCCUGCCUGCCAUCACCUUGAGCAUGCCAUCGCCCGACGAGGAAAAGAAGGACGGGAAAGAAAAGGAUGAAGCUUCUUAUCCCGAAGAAACGAAAGAUGUUCUAGGUCAACCUCAACCCUCUGCAAGUCUGCUUACCGUACCCAUGUUCGACGCGGAAAUUAUAUCCAAUGUUUACAGUUCCACGCCGAUGAGUCGGACCCGGCAGUCGUCCAUCGCUUCUUCGGCGGGACACGUGAUGUCUGCAGCUGUGUCUCCUUCAAAGUCGAGCAAAGCGGAAGCACCGACCAUUUCCUCGUCAUAUUCUCCUGGAAGAAAGUCCUCUACGCACUUGGGCCCACGUUGGUUACUGCAUCCGAGAUCCUUUAGCUUUUCUCACGCGCCGCCGCCGUCGCCAGGCGCCAAUGCACCGCUGAGUGGCGCCGAUGUCGGAUCCAGCGGCUCUUCGACUGCUUCUUACCUCAAGUCGUUGACGACUAGAAGAAUUUCCAUGCUUGCCAUGCCCAGGAUGCGACGGUUUAGGAGCCCGAGUGCGGCUGUGCCAUCCAUGUCGAAUAGCAGCACCACAUCGACGAGUUUCACUGUGGUCAACGGGAAGAGGAAACUCCCGAUUAUCAAUCCUCUGGUACAACUGCCUAUGUGGCCAAAUGUAACUGCCCAUUCCGGAACUGGACUAAUAAGCAAAGUUCUUCUGGCAAAUGCUGAUGCUUUGUGCGCCUCAGCUUUGCCCUUAAUGGGCGUCGAUGAUUUUUCAAUGGAGGGAUUCGAUGAAAAAUGCACGAUGAACAACUACAUGGGUAUCGGAAUAGACGCGAAAAUCACUCUCGAUUUCCAUAUUAAACGUGAAGAGCAUCCUGAAAAGUGUAGAUCUCGAACUCGAAACUUCAUGUGGUAUGGAAUGCUUGGAUCCAAGCAAAUGAUCCAGAAAACGUACAAAAAUUUGGAACAGAGGGUGCAUCUGGAGUGUGAUGGGCAGAGGAUCCCAUUGCCAAGUUUGCAGGGAAUUGCUAUUCUGAACAUUCCCAGUUUUAUGGGAGGGGCGAACUUUUGGGGCGGAAAUAAGUCGGACGCCAUCUUUGCCGCCCCGUCCAUGGACGAUAAAAUCUUGGAAGUCGUGGCUGUAUUCGGAACAACUCACAUGGCUGCUAGCAGGAUUUUGAAUCUUCAGCGGCAUCGUAUUGCUCAGUGCUCGUCCAUCAAAAUUACUAUAUUCGGAGAGGGAGUACCUGUUGAAGUUGAUGGCGAAGCCUGGAUUCAACCCCCUGGAAUAAUUCGCAUCGUGCAUAAGAAUCGUGUGCAAAUGCUUUCGAGGAACAGACAACUGGAAACUACCUUGAAAUCGUGGCAAGAAAAGCUUCUGAAUAAACCGAGCCCCGGGAAUAGGUCGAACAUCCACGUGACGCCGAUGUCUGAUGAAGAAAAGGUCGUUCUUUCGGCCUUGCUCGAAAACGGACUCAGUCUUAUAAGAACCAUCAAAUUGAGUGCCAUGGACGGAAGCGGAUUGAUUCUUGGAGAAGAAAUACUUGCAGCAGCGAAUUUCGCCUCAGAAAUGAUGGACAAGUCGUUCCCUCACGGAAAUAUGCAUGACGGGGGUUUCUUGAGGGAAACAGCGACAGAAAUGGUUCGUGCGAUCAGAGAAGUGCAUGAAAUGCUGAACGUGUUCUUGAGAGACUCUGGAGUCCAUGCACUGAGUCCGGUAUUGGAGACUCGCCUUCAUUCCGUGUGUGCUCAUGUUGAUAAACAGCUAAGGAGAGCUCAGGAAAAAGAUGGAUUUGUCCAUUUUGCCCCGAGUUCUGAAGAUGAUGAACAGGAUAAGAAGAGAGGAAGCAAAGGCUUCCUCCGCGGCCUGUGGAACACGAGGAAGUCGAUGGCGAACAUCAUGAAUGUCGGGACUCGAUCAGCUGCUCAGGAAGUAGGAGCAGUGGGAUCUUUAGAACAGCCGAGCAACACAAGUGGGCACGGGUCUGGAACAACGAGUAGUGGUCCAGCGCAAAAGUCAGUGAAGGAAUGGACUCUACAAGAUGUAUGUGCUUGGCUGGAGACAUUAGAUCUCGGAGAGCAUUUGGAAACUUUCAAGCUUCAUGACAUCCGGGGAUCGGAGCUUCUGCAGCUGGAUCGUCGCGAUCUGAAGGAGUUGGAAAUCAAGAAACUGGGACACGUCAAGAGAAUACUCCAGGGCAUCAAAGACCUGAAAUCUUCAGAGAAAAAUUCUGGCUCGUCGAAACGGUGAAGCAAUGGAAGACAAUCGAAAAAAGGGAGUAGAAAUUUAUUAGUAAAACUGCGUGUUUUCCGUGUUCAAUGUGUUCGCUUUUCCGCCAAUUUUUCAAUGAAUUCAUUUGGGAUUUUAAUCCCAGUAAUUCGUCAUGUUUGGGGUCAUUUCGGAAACCUGUUCUUUGCUUUCCAGUAAUUUGUACUUCGAAUUAGAUUUUAGGUAGUGCGUAUUGCAGUUUAUUUUUUGUUGUUUGCUAGACUAGGAUUUUCCGUUUGUCGUUCAGAAUUCAUGCAUUGCGAACUUCCCAAGAAUUCUUUCAUUUUUAUCGCUGGGGAAGUCGUUGAACUCAACAGUAUUGAACUGGACCAAAUGUCAGGCAAAAUUUUGUAUUGCUUCAACGACGAAAGGAAUCGAAGAGGUGGGACCUACGAUUUUUUUUAACGAACAGUUGUACCUUUUAGAUCGGAGCAAAAUCUGUCGUGCUUCUAGCUUUUCGCAAUUUUUUUAAACACCGCAAACUGAGGGACUUAACAUAGCAACAUCGACUACGAAUUAUUUUAAAGCUGGAAGUUAUUACGAGGAACAGUUUUUGGCUAGAGGUAUUCUAGGCCUUGAGUGACUGCGUCGGUGGUCGUAGAUGCGGAAUGAUUGAGGAGUGGGUUCAUCAUCUAUUGCUGAGGACUUCGUGCAAUUUCCGGAUUUUUCCCGUUACAAGCCUGUUUUUUUCCGAUUAUUGUGAGAAGCUUGCAGUUGUUGGUUGGUACUGUACUCUUGACUUAUGAUAUGAACUGGGCUUCUUUAAAAAUCGUGCAAAUUAGCAAAAUGGCACCAAGCGUGAUCUUCUGACCUCGUUAAAUAUAAACCCUAUAGGCGAUAGCAGUUAAAUUUUUUUAAUGGAUUUCAAUUCUGUGAAUAAGGGAUAUUGUACAGUACUUUUCCUAGGGUUGGUGAAGAAAACAAUUCCGGUUUUCAUGCUGCAGUAUUAUUCUUAUUGGAUCUGUGAUGACAGCCCCGUCCCCCGAUUCCGUUUGUCUGGAAAAUUCAAAUGAAAUUUGCAGACUUUGAUGUACCUUGGAAUGCCUUAGCAUAGAUUAUGAUGUAGCUGCGACAUCUUCCUGUAAGAACACUUUAACAUAUAGCUUGCUGUAUUUGUUUGGAUUCAAUUUCGCAGUGUUCAUGGCGAUUUUAUCCGGUGAAUUAGUCCCAUUGAGAACAUACCUUGAAAAUAAAUCAUAUUUUUAUUUUGUGAAGGAACUUCUGGUGAAAAGCCUGCGUUAUUUCAGGAGCAGAUUGCGGUACAAUAUAUUGUUCAUACAUGCUUCUUCUGAUCUGCCAUUAUUGUUGGCUUGUGAAUGGGAAAAAUCCGGAUUGGGCGUCUAGAAAUUCGUUGUUAAAAUAUGACCUCAAAGAAAAGGAAAACGAAAAGAGAAUACAAAUCCGCGCCUGUGUAGGAACGUGCUGUGAGACGUUACCUGGGACAAACGAUGUCAAUGGGUUUAUUGUUAUGGUGGCGUGCUGUUUUAUUUUUCUUUUUUUGUUGGUUACAUUUAACCUCCCGUGUGGAAGACGACUGCUUUUCAACAUGUUUAAACAUGUUUUUCGGCUUGUUUUCCGUUCCACGCCGUGGUCUGGACAGCAAUCUUCCUCGACGACAAUCAAACAAAACGAUCGUUCGCAAUCAGUGCAAUGUACUCAAUGUGUUCAAUGAUGUUGUAGUUCGAGAUCCGGAUCUCCAGCUUCCUCGGGAAAAGAGAAUGCGUCGUGAUUUCAUCUCAGGCAUUCCGAAAUUUGCUUGGAUCUCGUGCAGGGCUUUCCAUCAGCUUAUUUCUUUUUGAUUUUAUUAUAUUUGAAAAGGAUUCCCGGAACGCUUUGAUGCCAACAAAAUGUUUUUUUGCUGCGACGGUUCCUCUGAUUCACGCGUUAGCAUUAGUCGGAUGAACAGCGGGAUGCUUUUCAUCGAGAAGGAUCCACGUUUCUGCUUCCUGUUUUUUUUUUUUUUUUCAUUUUUGGAAAUCGAAUUUUGGUUUUGAAACGACUGCAUUUAUUUUAACUUACCUAGAAUCCUGCAUCGAAUCGUGCUUCUUCCAAGGUUUGGAUCUAUUGAGCAUCCGAAAAUGAGGCACUGUAUUUACGCGAAUAUAAGACGCAAUUUUCUUCCUCUUCGACUGAUGAAAUAUGAGAAUGUGUUCCGGAAUCACCUGUUAUUUUUUUUUUACGCGAGGGGUAUUCCUAAAUUUUCACCCAUUCGAAGGAUUAAUUUUUUCAUGAGCCUUUUGAGCAUCUCAGUACCUGGGAGAAUGCUUGAGAAGUGCGCAUAUUAUCUUGACAAACAGAAAUUUGACGAUGCGAAGUGCAAAUGUGAGGAAGUAUCUGGCUUCUCGCGAAUUAUUUUUUCAGUUUAUGCGGAAGUAUUGUUUCCAAGGUUAAUUCCAUUCUAAUUGGAGACCGAAUCAUCCCUUCAGUCUGUUUUUUGCAGUAAAUGAUGCGUUUGAUGAUACAGUAUAUUCGAUCUAUCUAUUGGAAAUUGGUGGAGUUCUGAUCCACCCUUGCAGAAAAUGUUGAGGAAAAUGUCAAUUGUGUCCUCAAUUUGCCAGCAAGCGUUUUUCCCGUUUCCGGAACUAAAGACAUGAGAGUUGAUGGCGUCUUAUAUUUGCGUAAAUUUCCAUUCUUGCUACCGUGUUUAUUUUUUCGUCUUUUUUAUUUUAUCAUGAUACAGUAGUUCGUGAAUCCUAUGAAAGUUUUCCGGUUUUUUUCUUUUAUUUUGCUGUGAGAAGGCUCGUCACAGAGAGUAGUAUGCUUUCGGCACUUGUCCUCCAGCAUUCAGAACUACGCAACAAAAUUUCCGAGGAGAAGUAUUUUUAGGGAAGAUGCUUACGGAAAAGAAAUCCCCUGUGCAAACGAAUUUUGCGUCCUUUUCAAGAGACAUUCCUGUUUAUUUUAUAACCCGACCAGCUUUUACCCGCGUUACCCGAACGAGUGCUGAGGAAAACUUUUACUUGUGCGAAGGAGAUGUGUUCGGUGUAACAAAGCAGUAUUUGCGAAAGUCCUAUAAUUGACAAUCAAUCGAAAGCCAGUAGCAUGUAUAUUCCGAAACGUGUUUGUUUUGUUUGUUAAAAGUACCGAGAAAAACAAAAAAAGGAAAAGUGAAAAUGUUUGUGCAAACGUGCAAUAUUGCGUUUAUUUUGCUCGUCGGCUGUAUUGGAAGUUCGGCACCGUCUCAUCCCAAUCUUAUAUGCUGAGUUCGAAUGAUACCCUUUAGACGCUUUAGAUGAAGUAAUGAAACACCCGAACUCAUGA